AUGUCCCCUGCCCUCUGCCUUGCCCCAGUGACCCUAGGUGUGGUCAGUGUGGAGUGGACUCUGGAACAAGACUCUGGGUUUGAGUUCGGGCUCUGCCAGUUAUCAGCUGUAAGCUUGGGAGCACGGGUGAGCUCACCGCCCUGUGCCUCGAUUUCAUGCUCUGUGAAUCAUUUGACUGAAGUUGCUAAUUUACUCCGGAUCAGAAGGAGCACGUGGAAGGAGCAGAAAGAGAGUUCUGUGUGUGAGAAGCACAAUCAGCUUCUGACCCUUUUAGGGAAGGACCUAGAGGUUUUAUGUACACAGUGCAGUUUCUUCAUUCAACAAUGGAAACACUACAUUUACCCCAUUAAGAAAGCUGCCUCUCAUCACAAGAAAAUUCUACAGUGUACCGUUGAGCCCUUGAAGCGUGAUAUGGAACAAGUUGAAAAAGUGAUAUCUCUGCAAGCCAGCCAAUCAGUUGAACAGAGGAAGCAGGUUAAAUAUAGGAGAGAAGAAAUAAAUUCUGAAUGUGAGCAAAUUAGACUGUUUCUACAGAAUCAGCAAGAGGAUACUCUCAGGCAGAUGGAAGAUGAAGAGAUGGACAUUUUAACAAAACUUUAUGAAAACUUUGUAACAUUUACAGAUCACGCUUCCACAUUGAAACAUCUGCUGAGGGAGGUAGCGGGUAAGUGUGUGCAGUCAGAACUGGAAUUACUGAGGCAGGUUAAGAAUAUCCAGCGCAAGUAUCAAAUCCUGAAAUGCUCUGCAUUUUCAUUCCAAUUAAACAACAGUGGAUUUAACCUUCCUCCACAAUAUUCUGGCAUUGAUAGAAUUACCAAGCCAUUUCUAGUAGAUGUGAUUUUAGACCUUGAAACAGCACAUCCUCAACUUAUUGUCUCCAAGGAUGGAAAAAUUGUGCAAUAUGGAAAGAGAAAGCCAAGCUUUUAUUACCCAGGUAGAUUUUAUCUCUGUCCUGCUGUCCCAUGUUGUAAUAGAUUUCAUUCUGGCAGACAUUACUGUGAGAUAGAAGUGGGAAACAAACUGUGCCAAGAUUAUUUUCCUAGGAACUGGCGAAAUCACCCGGUAGUUGAGGGUCGAUUCUAGGCAGAUGGGUGGUAUGUUUAGAGAACUUAUGUUGUGUCAAGUCCUAAAAGAAACAUCCUGUCCAUGGUAGAACCCAGUAAGAUUGGUAUUUUUCUGAACUAUGAGUUGGGUGAGGUUUCCUUCUACAAUUAGAAUGAUAGAUUUGUUCCCUAUACU